AUGUCACCUCUUUCAUCUCUCCCAACUCGGGAGAUAGCUGGAAUCACAAUCCCAGAUACCCCGCUCGUCAACAAGAGCAUCGCUUACGUGCGAGAUCAAGUCGAUAAUUUCACAUACAAUCACGUUAUGAGAAGCUUUCUAUUCGCAAUCACAUCCGUCCCCAUUGCUACUGCUGUGGCGCCUGGCUACCCUAUCGACUACGAGGUCAUCGCUAUAAGCACACUCCUCCACGAUCUGGCCUGGGCUGUGAGCAGUGACAAAUGCACGCCAGACAAGCGAUUUGAGGUUGACAGUGCCAAUGCAGCACGGGAGUUCUUAGUUACGACUACUCGCGAUGAUGCUAGCUGGUCCGAUAAUCGGGUGCAACUUGUCUGGGAUGCCAUUGCACUACAUACCACCAAUUCCAUUGCCAUGCACAAGCAACCUGAGGUGAUGCUUGCGCAUGUAGGCGGAGCGGGUCCGUUGACUUCGAAAAUCUUCAAUGAUAUUGUCAGUGUCUUUCCGAGAGAGAAUUUCCAGGACGGUGUGAGGCGCAUUAUGUGUGACUUGUGUAAGAUCAAACCUCAGACCACAUAUGAUAAUUUUGUUGCCGAAUAUGGAGAGAAAUAUGUGGAGGGAUAUGAUAGAACUGGCAAGAAAACUGUCGAUUUUCUGGAGUCUGGCAUUUGA